GGUAGCAAGCAUCCAAUGCUCUAAGACCAUUUCCAAAAAAAUUUAAUUUUUAGGGUGUGAGGGGCAAUUCCGUCCAAAAAUAGUAAAGUUGCAUACAAUUUGCUACCAAAAAUGGACGCGAAAAUUUGACACACCUUUUGUCAAAAUUUUCAUUUCAAAAUCCGCCAUGAAAGUAGCUCCUCCAAAUUUCUCAGCAGAACCCUAAACCAAGAAAAGGCACACCCACCACCGCAACCGCAAACUUCCAUGCCCAACCUCCACAGCCACUACACUCUCCUCCCACUCAGACCCACUUCAUUUCUGCUGACGAAAUGGGCUCUCUCAUCCCAAUUUUAGACCUCAAUAACCUCCCAGAAUCCGCCGCCGGCUCUACCCCAAACACUACCAUCUCCACCGUAUCCAUGAAAGUCCCCAAAAUCGAACCGAAGCUCGAACCUUUCGACGAACCACUCGAUACCCACCUGCCCCAACUGCCUCCAGAACCCUUCAUUUCCACUCCUACCCCCAACUCUCUCACCAAUUCCCAAAUUAACCCCUUCUCCGACCAGAACCACACCCCCGUAUCUGAUUCCUCCGCCGCACCCUCCGACCAGGAGAAUGUAUACUCGGAGUUCCAUCGAAUUUCCGAGCUUUUCCGAACUGCUUUUGCUAAAGGGCUCCAGAGUAUCGGCGACGGCGAGGUCGAAGUAUUGGACCCGGAUGCGCGAGCAAUUGUGCCCGUUCCUCAAGAAACCCAGAUAUCAGAGGCCGUCGUCGCGCGAAGGAAAUACCCCAAGCGGUCCUCCGAGCUCGUCCGGGUGACCGAUCUCAACAUCGAGGACCAGAGGUACUUCCGUGACGUGGUGCGGAAAACCCGAAUGCUUUACGACUCGAUUCGGAUACUGUCAGUGGCGGCGGAGGAGAAGCGGAACCCAGGAAACGGGAAGCGAGUCCGCGGCGACUUGCAGGCCGCCACGGCGCUCAGGGAUCGUGGGUUGUGGCUCAAUCGCGAUAAAAGAAUCGUGGGUUCGAUUCCUGGGGUGUACGUUGGCGAUCUCUUCUUUUUCCGCAUGGAGUUGUGUGUGGUGGGUUUACAUGGCCAAGUCCAAGCUGGCAUCGACUAUCUUCCAGCGAGUCAGAGCUCGAAUCACGAGCCAAUUGCAACCAGCAUUAUUGUUUCGGGUGGCUAUGAGGACGACGAGGAUGCUGGCGAUGUGAUUAUCUACACCGGUCAUGGAGGACAGGACAAGUUUAAUAAACAAUGUGCUCAUCAGAAGCUGGAAGGUGGGAAUUUGGCAUUGGAGAGGAGCAUGCAUUAUGGGAUUGAAGUGAGAGUCAUCCGAGGAAUCAAAUGCCAAGGUGGUAUUUCACAUAAGGUUUAUGUUUAUGAUGGCUUGUAUAGAAUAUUUGACUGUUGGUUUGAUGUGGGGAAGUCGGGGUUUGGUGUUUAUAAGUUUAAACUUCUGAGAAUGGAAGGGCAAGGCGAGAUGGGUAGCGCCAUUCUUAAGUUUGCGGCUAGCCUUAGGGCCAGCCCAUUGUCUGUGAGGCAGUCGGGGUAUCUCAGUCUGGAUAUUUCUAAUAAGAAGGAGAAUGUUCCAGUUUUUCUGUUCAAUGACAUUGAUUCUGACCAGGACCCCAUGUAUUAUGAAUACCUUGCGGCAACUGUGUUUCCAACACAAGUAUUUCAUCAGUCCGGGAAGGGGACCGGGUGUGAUUGUGUUGACGGUUGUUUUGGUAACUGCUUUUGUGCUUUGAAAAAUGGAGGCGAGUUUGCCUAUGAUGACAAUGGGUGUCUUUUGAGAGGGAAGCCUGUGGUUUUUGAGUGCGGGCCCUUCUGCCAUUGUCCCCCGACAUGCCGGAAUCGUGUCACUCAAAAAGGUAUGAGAAAUAGAUUGGAAGUGUUUAGAUCGAGGGAAACAGGUUGGGGAGUUAGGUCCUUGGACCUGAUACAUGCCGGGGCCUUUAUAUGUGAGUAUACAGGGGUUAUUCUCACUAGGGAAAUGGCUCAAAUAUUUGCAAUGAAUGGUGAUACCUUGGUUUAUCCACAUCGGUUUUCUGAUAGAUGGACAGAAUGGGGAGAUUUAUCCCAGAUAUAUCCUGAUUAUGUACGUCCAACUUAUCCUUCGAUCCCACCAUUGGAUUUUGCUAUGGAUGUAUCCAAAAUGAGAAAUGUUGCUUGUUAUAUGAGCCACAGUUCCACUCCGAAUGUGAUGGUGCAGUUUGUACUGUAUGAUCACAAUAAUUUGAUGUUUCCUCAUCUCAUGCUGUUCGCAAUGGAGAACAUCCCUCCUAUGAGGGAGUUGAGCCUUGACUACGGGGUGGCUACUGUGUCUGAGGCUGAUGAAUGGACAGGAAAACUUGCUAUCUGUAACUAAUUUUGAUGGGGCGAUGAUAUUAAAUCAUGCAGACAGUUACGGGAGUAUGAUAUACUAAGGUGGGCAUUCAGACUACGAAGCUGUGUAUCUGGCUUCCGAAUUUUCUGGUCCAUGAAUGUUUCCUCACAACUAGAUGCCGAAAAUGUAAAUUUUUCAAUCAGGUUAUCCAAAAGCAUUGACGUGGCUCAUGUACAUGGCAAUUGAAGUCGCGGGCUGGUGAAAAAAGAGAAUUGAGAACUCGCAGACCGAGCCACCAGAUGCUGCUGUGAUGAUUUUCUCUGACAUUUUAGGCUUUCCCGGUUUCCUGGACUUUUCGGACCAAGUCUUCAUACACGCAACUGAUGGUAGGCGUCUUUAGGUUUGUUAAAGUUUGCAAGAACAACUGUACUAAUCUUCUGUACUUGUAGCUUUGUAUAUGUUAUCACAACCGAAAUGGCUAAACUUUGUACAGAAUUGUAUAAUUCGUGCCUACAUGUAUCGCGUAUGUUUGGAUGGAUUGGUUUUCUUUAAUUCCUUGAUUUAUUCA